UUUUGUUGCUUAAAUUCUGUCCAAAAUCCGAUUAAUGCCAGUUUUUCUUUCACGUUUUGUCAACAAAUCGCAGUGUUUAUAGAGUGUGACAUAACACCCCCCUUUCUCCCAUUUUUGUGUGUUACACAACUAACUCCCCAGCUAAAUACAAUUUGACUCGCCGGAGUAAAUGCGUACAUGUUGCUUAUAUAACUUCAUAACGGCGCCGAGUCCCGGGGCAUGUUCUUCUGUUGCAGACGGAGCAAACACACGUGCAUUUGAUACACGAUUGAUCCCGACAUGAAGACGACAAGUGACUACCUGGAGGAAGUGAUCGAGGAGAUCGGGGGGUUCGGGAAGUUCCAGGUCCUCCUCCACGGCAGCAUCCUCCUCAGCAAGGUCUCCAUCACCUGGAGCCUCCUCAUCAUGGCCUUCGCGGGGGCGGCGCCGGAUUGGUGGUGUGUGUACCCUAACACCACAUAUACCCCCGCCAGCGGCGCUAUCAACUACAACACCACCGUAUUACCUUCUUCUUCUCCCAACGUCACGGUCCCGGAGAUGACGAAGUCGUUCCAAACUUGUACCCCUCCGUCCAAUGAAUCCUCUGUCUGUCAGUCCUUCGUGUUUGAUGACAGUAUGAGAACUAUCAUCAACGAGUGGGGGUUAAUUUGUGACGACAAGUGGGUCACGGCAACAGUCUCCUCGGUGCAGAUGGCGGGUCUCCUGAUUUCCGGUCUGCUGGGGGGACAGCUCGCCGACGUGAUUGGCCGGAAGCCGACUUUCUACGUCUCCAUCCUCAUCCUCUCCGUCUCCAACAUCGUCGCUGGAUUCUCCACCUCAUGGAUCAUGUUCGCCGUCACUCGAUUUAUCAUUGGGCUCGGGUGCGGGGCCUACCUGACCGUGUUCUACACCUUUUCUGUGGAGUUUACGCCCACUAAAUUCCGGCCGAUUCAAAUCGCCGUUCCUGAUUGGUCCAUAUGGGCCGCACUCUUGGGCUUCUUUUCUUACAUACUGAAGGACUGGAAAAGCCUUCACAUCUUGACAGGGGGCCUAACUGGACUAAGCCUCUUUACCUGGUGGAUUGUCCCAGAGAGCUUCCGAUGGUUGGUGUCCCAUGACAAAUUGGCGGAAGCAGAUAAAGUCAUCAAGAAAAUAGCUCGAAUGAAUAAUCAUCCCAAACCCGAUCUAAAUAAGCUACGGACUGUCGUCGAUUCGGACCCCUCGUUCCAAGGGAGCCGCCAAUACACCUUCCUGGAACUGAUCCGGGACAGAUCACUGCUCAAAACCACGGCACUGGCUGGUGUUGGUUGGUUUUCGUGUGGUUACGCGUAUUACGCCAUUUCGUACAGCGUGGAUCAACUCUCAGGAGACCUCUACCUCAACAUGUUUCUACUCAGUGUUAUAGACAUCCCGGCUCUGAUGAGCAUCUGGUACCUCAGUAACCGGUUGGGGCGGCGCUGGACUUGCCUGGGGUAUUUUAUGAUUGGAUCGGCGGCCUGUCUCGGAGUUGCUGUAUCUCAGAUGAUUGAUAUGGACUCUGGCCUUCAAAAAACUUUGAUUAAUGGCUUCGCGCUCGCCGCUAAGUUUGGAGUUUCCGCCUCAUGGGCUGCCAUUAUGGCUUUUACAACGGAAGUAUAUCCAACUGUCGUAAGGAACAUCGGCUAUGGAACUCAGAACUCCAUUUCAAGAAUCGGUGCUCUCAUAGCACCUCAGCUAGUUUUGGUGAACAAAGUAACACCAGGAGUGAUGUACAUCAUCUGCUUUGUUGUGACCUUAACCUCAGCCAUCACGUGCCUUCUUCUGAAAGAAACUAAAGACAAAACAAUUUCUGACAACCUGGAGGUUCGUGUUGCGGCGAACCGAAAGUGAUCAAGGCAGCUGCAUGGCUUUAUAUACCUUAGUAUCCCAAAUGGGUGACCAUAGAUAUUAGUAGAAAAAGUAUUAGAAUAUAUAGUAUUUUAAUAAAUAUAUUUUGGAAAAAAAAUGAAAUGUCGAUGUUAUGAAUACAUCCACUGAAUCAGAUCCAGUGGCGUUGGCAUGUUCUUCAAGUGCUUGACUAAUAAAGUUCGAUGGUUGACAGCGAAUCUCUACAAUGCCUGAUGCAACACAUACCUAAAGGCCCUUUAACAAUUAUAUUUGCACACAAGCAGAAGCGACAAAAUAUUCGUGCUACCGAAAAAUUUAGAUUUGGAUCGUUAGGUGUAUGAUUAUUAUUGCACCAUUUAUUAGCUUCAAUUUGCCAUGUAUAAUAUAUAUACACUAGCUGAAAAAGCAUCUCUGUUUCAGACCACAAUUGACCAUGGAUAUACAUAUGUAUAUACCCCAUCUGGCUCUCACGAGCAUUCGUACGUCAAUCACAUUGGUGCACGUUCAAUCGUCCGAUCACCUGAUCACUCGUGCGAUCCAAUCGCGUUCAUUGUACAACUGUCCAUAUGGAGGCAAGAUACCGUAUAUCGCAAGAUUUAAUGCGUUUUGAUUGCACAACGGUCGCUUUAGAUCGUGCGAAUUUCAUACGAAUACUUUUUAAUAUGCGAUUAUUUCGGCAAUAAUUUACGAUCCAAUUUUCAAUCGCCCGGAUAUUCUGUAGCUUCUGCACGUGCACUAUCUGUGAAAGGGCCUUUACGAAGAUAUUUUUAACAUUUAAAAUAAAGAUGCAGGGUGAAUGAUUGGUUCCUAUAUUUUAAAAACGAGUAAUUAUAUAAGGUCCACGAAUCUCUCAAAAGUUGUGUUUGCUUUGAAAACGAAAGAGUUGUGUUUUAUAUUCUAUUUAUACUGGAAUGAAAAAAAAAAAUACUCAACAUUUAAUUAUUGUGAAUAUUAAAUUUACUUGACUCACUUUCAACAAUGGAAAGUUUUAUAGCACUCUAAAAAAAGAGAACUUAAUAUAUUAAAUAUAAUAAAGUUAAGCUUAUUUGAAUGGAGAAACCAAAAUUGGUCUUGUGUAAUAUACACAAAACUUGAACAAUAAUUUACAAAUUAUUUAUAUUGUAUUUUAUUUUGCACAAGAAAAAAAAUUCUCUAGGUAACGAUAGGUCCAUGGGCCGUAUCACUCACCUGAACAACGAACGUAUAACUUCGACACCAGAGACUAUUAUGCUUUGACACAAGUUAAAGACUAUACAUGUAGCUUUACUAUUUAUAUAUCAAAAAUAUGUAAUAGUGCUGUCUUUGUUUAAUUAAUACUCGUUUAGUACCCAACUUAUGUACUUAUUUCACAUUUCAUAUCCCCAUGUUUUAUUAGAAGAUAGUCUCCAACAUAAAUACCGAUAUCACUUUGGAAUUAUUGAAUUACAUGUACAAAUAUGGACCAUUUAGGUUCUACACAGGCCAUGGUACAACGUAUGCGUUAAGUGGAUACUUAGUACAUCUUUAUACUAGUUUGCUGUCAUUUUAUUUUCACAAACUUAGAGCUUAAGUUUUCCUCAUAUAAUAAUUCUUAGCAUAUGAACGUUACAAAUUUUGGUCACAAUUUUUCUUUAUCAUAAUUUUCUGUAUGCAUAUCUCAAAAGGAACUGAUUCAAAAUAGUGAUUAAACAAGUUGUUAAUAACGUUUGACACAAGUGGUAAAUUUAGAGGAGAAUUAAGACAAAUAUUAUAGACAGUGAUCUUAAAAUUAUUAGCCAACUAAACAAAAAUUCAAAAACAUCACUUAUAUUUUUCUUAGAAACUUUAUUUUUAAAAGAAUUAGCUUUAAUGCCAUGAACAUUGAAAUAUGCAAAAAAAAAUUAAUUCAUAAUUUUGAUCAUGCCCAAAAAGGUUGUUAAAAAUUUGCAUUUAUUGACCUUCUUUCAUCUAUGAACUCGCCAUGGAGUUAAUAUGAAAAAAAAAUA